AUGCGAAAUUCCACAGCGCUUCUUCCCACCUCAGUCCUGAAGCCGCAUAUCGCGACGGCGAAAGGGAUACACUUCAACAUUACUCUAACCGAACCUGUCUUGUUUCUCGAGGAAUACAAUAAAGAUGACCCUAGCACAAAGAAAUGCAAUGUCCUGAGAGGACAAUUAAAUUUGAGUGUCACUGAAGCUACUACGAUUAAGAAGAUCUCGAUUCGCUUUCGCGGGCAGACAAAGAUCCAGUGGCCAUACGCCUGUACGGUAAAAAAGACUCUCUUGACGCAAGGCGUUACUUACCUUGACCAUGGGCAUACGGCACUACAACGCAAUGAAUUCGGGGCAGACUUUUUUCAACUCUCUGAUUUUCCCUCCAAGGUCGCAGAAAAAGCUAAGGUGACCACAAAGAGAGAUAUGCCUCUUCGAAAUAACUCAUCAUGCUCGUCCAAAGACGUGGACGGUUGCUUGCUAGUACCCGAUUACUCAAGCGCGACUCUCACAGAGUGUCUUCGAAGACCCAAUGCAGCCAAGUCCCAGCAUCAUCACAGAGUAUUUCCUGCUGGUGAUUAUCUGUAUAAUUUUGAGUUCGUCGUGGACGGCUCGCUGCCUGAAACAAUUAGGACAGAUCUAGGCUUUGUCAAGUACAACCUGGAAGCUUCUAUCGAGCCGGCCGGGCUUUUUUGCUCUACCCUGACCGAAAAUCUGGAUAUCCCUAUCGUCCGGCUACCAGCAGAGAACUCGCUGGAGUCGAUUGAGCCCAUUGCAAUUUCUCGCCUAUGGCGCGAUAAGCUCCACUACAAGGCGAUUAUCCUGGGAAAAUCGUUUUCCAUGGGUUCAAAGAUUCCCAUCAAUUUGAAAUUGAUUCCCAUGACCGAUGUUGUUUGCCAUUGGAUCAAAGUAUAUGUGACCGAGCAUGUGCAAUAUUGGACGAGAGAAAAGACCGCUUACCAUCUGCAACUACCCGCAAAGAGAGUACUUUUGUUUGAAAAACACGGAGGCCUUGAGAGCGCGAGUACUUAUCCCGGCAGUGAGAUAAGUAUCAUUCCGGAAAAUGGAAUGGAACUCGGUGGAACUACGCCAAUUGCAACCAGCGACAACAAGAACACGAGUUUGCUCGGCGCUGUUCCAACCGAUACUGAAAUUGACCUUCAGGUUCAGCUGCCUAGCUGUCACGAAAUGAAGCACAAGGAGAAAUGGCAGUGCCUACAUUUUGACACGGAGGUUGAAGGUCUGAAGAUCUAUCACUGGAUACAGGUGAAUUACACCUUCAGCAGGUGA